AUGGAUUCUGUUGCAAAGUGGUUUAUGUUGCAGAGUGGUUUCUGUUGCAAAGUGGUUUAUGUUUCAAACUGGUGUCUUUUGCAAAGUGGUUUAUGUUGCAAGGUGGUUUCUGCUGCAAGGGUGGUUUCUGUUGCAAAGUUGUUUCUGCUGCAGAGUGGCUUCUGCUGCAAAGUGGUUUCUGUUGCACGAAUGGUCUCCGUUGUAGAGUGGUUUCUCUUGCAACAGAAAGCAAUGUGGCUCCUGUUGCAAGGCAUUGUGUUUUGCAAAGUGACCUCUGUUGCAGGGUGGUGUCUGUUGCGAAAUGGGAUGAUGAGUGGUCAACAGAUGAUGGGAGCUGGAAGUGGCAUGAUAGCACAACAAGGUGGGAUGCCAGGUCCAGGUCCAAUGGGCGGCCCGCAGAAUCAGAUGGGCCCACAAGGGCCGACACUGAUGCAGCAGAUGCGCCCACAAAUGUCGUAUGUUGAUCAGAAUGGCCGUGUAAUUCAGCAAGGUUCAAUGAUGAUGCAACCUGGCCAGGAAAUGAUGUCGCAACAAGGUCCGUUUAUCAUGCAGCAGCAGCAGUGGCCUCAAAUGCAGCCUCGCUAUUAA